AUCUAAUGUUCUGCAGAUUCAAAGUUUUAAACUCCCUUGAUCUAGAGCUGCCACAAUUUCAGAAGACAAAGACAUAUUAAGCUUACUUUGAGAGUUUGCCAGUUUGGAUCAAGAGAAUUCUGAGCCAUUUCACCUUCAUGAAGAAUGGCAACUGAGGCUUAUAUUCCAGAAUUCAUAUCUAUAACAAAAGGAGAAGCAGAAGAAAAAAACUUGACAAGGGUGCAGCUUGAUGCAACUGCUGAUGAAAAUUACCCUGGAGAAUUGAAGAAUGUAGAAGGUGCACUGAAUGAUCCUCCUGAAAUUUUUGAAUACUCAGAAAAAACCAAAAACAUGCAAGUUGCAAAUGACAUUGCCAUUGAAACAGAGAGUACAGUCAAUAAAGGCAAUGUAGGAACCUCCGAGGGUGAGAGUUUUUUGGAAUCACCCUCGGUUUCCAAGGUUGCUCGUGAAGAAACUGACAGAGUAUCAGAAGAUUAUCAGGCUCGUGAAAUUCUAGACCAGGCAGAAGAGGAGAUAUUCAGGGAGGAAACCAAGCUGCAGAAAUAUAAAAACCUUGAGGGUGCAGACAAGACAGGAAAGGUGGAAAAUGAAGGCAUGGAAGAGAUAAAAGAAGGAGAAGAGAAGGCAGCCGAGGAAUUGGGAGAAACACGCUUUGGAGAAGGCGAAGACAAGGAAUCAGAGAAGUCCUCCAUUUUGAUGGGUAAGGAGAAUGAUCCUGAAGCAGAAGAGACAGAGAAUGAGAGUGAUGAGGGAAAGAAAAUCCCAUAUGAUGGCACUGGAGAUGUGACCAUGACAACAGCUGCAGCUAGUACAGACGAAACAACCUUGAAGGAAGCUGGAAUUACAUUCAAAGAGAAAAGCCAAGAUACAAUUGUAUUAAGUGAGAAGCUGAAAGAUGCAACUCCAGUUGAAGGUGAAAUUCAAGAUCAAAGCAAACUGGAUACUCCUUUUGUUACACAAACAGAAGACUUAGGCUUACAGAAAGCAGAUAAACCUGAGAUACUCAAAGAAGUAUCUGAAACUGGGACAGAGGAUAUCAACAUGAAAGAAAUUCCAGAUGACAAGAAUCUCCCACAAGUUGAUUUAAAUGAGAAGAUUGAAAGUGAAGAAGCUGAGAUUCUAAACAAGAAUUCCAAUGAGUUACUUGUUAGCUAUCCAUCAGUUGAAGAAACAGUACAAGUGGAAGGUGAUAAGCUGGAUGAAAUUUCCAAAUUUGAACCUCAUGAACAAGUUCAUGAAACAAAUGGAGUCUCUAUAGAAGAGAAAAGGCAUUUUGAAGAGGCAACUGAAGUACACAAAAGCACAGAGAGCUUAAUCUUAGAGCCUAUAUCUAUAGAAGGGGAAAAGGCAAGCAAAACAUAUGCUGAGGCAAUAGAUUAUGGUUUAGACACUGAAGAGGAAUCAAAGGAGAAGCAAGAUGGACAGAACAAAGAAGAGGAGAUACAAAAGAAGGAAGAAGCCUGUGAUCCAGAGAUACAUAAAAAUGCCACAAAAAGUAAUGACACUGAAAAAGGAAUAAUAGAUGAAGAUGUCUCAGCUAAAGUAAGUGAUUCUUCAUGCAUUGGAAAUGAGACAAUUCAGAAAAGCUUUCAAGUGGAUUAUCUCAAUGAAGAACCAUCAGCAUUGACUAGUGAAGGCAAGAGUAACAAAGCAGAAGAUGAUGUUAAGGACAACAUUAUACCUGAAGAGGUGCAUGAUGAGAUCAAAAUCACAGGUGCAACAGAGGGCACUAGAGAACUGAUCGUAGAAGAGGACGAUGUUACAGAAGGAUUGCCAGAAUCUAUUGAAGAAGAAACAGUAAAGAGCUUUCUAGACAAUGAAAAGGUUUUAUUGGCAGAUGAGAAGUCAAGAGGAGAAGACAGCAAAGAACAGACCAUAGCAGACAGUGUUAAAGGCACACCAGGAUCCAUCAAAGAAGAGAACUUUACAGAUAAUGAAAAGCAAGAUGAGAAGUGCAACGAAGAGUCUCUUAUGCAGAUUUUUAAGUCAUCUGAGAUGGCUAGAGCAGUUGAACGUUUUGAAAGUGAGAAAAUCCUUGACACUUCAAUGGUGAAACCAAAAGAGAGUUUGCAGGGUGAAGGUGAGAACCAGGUUCCAAUAGAAAUUUCCACGGAGGAGAGAAGAGAUGAGCACAGGUAUUCUGUCGUGGAUGAAGAUAAUGAUGACAAUACUGGGCUAGUUGAAGUUAAAUAUAGUGGUAAAGAGGAAACAUCAAAGGGUGAGGAAAACACAGAGUGGAUCUCACAGAAAGAUGAAACAGGAGAGAAGCUUGAACAGUCGAUAAAUGUGAUGUCUAAAGUAACAGAGGCAAUUAAUUCAAGUGAAUAUACUGAAAAAAUUACCUGCAUUGAAGAGGAGCAAGCCAUCCAGGAUGUUGAACAAACCUUUGAGAAGGAAGAAACAAAUGAUACCAAAGACAGCGAAGAGAGGGGAACUGCAAGAGAGGAGGAUCUCAAACCAGCUGCAGUGGCAUCCGAGAUGAGCAAAACCACAGAGAGCACAGUUUUGGAAUUGAAAUCAGAAAAAGGUGAAGUGGAAGUAGGAAAGCUCGAAAAAGGAAAUGAGUUGGGCUCCGAAGAGAGAUUCAAGGGAAAUGAUGCCACGGAAGAUACAGAAGAGGAGAUAAAGAAGGAAGAAACUUAUGAUGCAGAUUUGCAUAAAGUCGAAACCACAUGUGAUGACACUGAGAAAAGUAAGAGAGAGGAAGAUGCUCUUAUCAAGGAUGGCAGCACGGUAUGGAUUGGAGAAGAAACAGUUGAACUCAGCUGUCAAGAGGAUGAAGAUGGACAAAAUGGUACAGAGAAAGCAGCACUUAAAUUGAAUGGUGGAGAUCAUAGUGUCAGAACAGAUAAUGAGACAGAGAAUUCAACAGAUCAAAUUAUCAGUAAAGAGAUUGCUGUCAUCAGUGAGGGCACUGAAAAGCACACCAUAAAGGAAGAACACACUGCUAUUGACAUAUCACCACAAUCCAGUGGAGAAGAAACACAUAAGAGUUCUCAAGAAGAUGAAACUAAGGAAGAGGGGGAGAAGCCCAUAGCCAAGAUGUGUGAGGAACUGGAGACAACCACUGUGGGUGAAGGCAUUGAAGGACAGAUUUUAGAGGGAAACACUAUUCAGGACCACUCUACAGUUCCCACUGAAGUAGAAGAAACAGAAGAUAUCUCUAAAGACAAUGAAAUGAUGGCAAAGACACCCAAACCAGAGGUGUCUGAAAUAUCUCAAAGAUACGAUGGAGUUGAGGACAUUCAAAAAGACGUCUUUAACAUAGCUGUUGGAGCAGAAACAAAUAAGGAGGGCUCUCCAGUAGAGGAAAAGGAGGAAGAACUGGAUAGAGAUGUAUGUAAGACAAUCGGUGCAUUCCAGGACCAUUCUACAGAGUUCAUUGAAAAAGAAAAGGAUACAGAGAGCCCCCAAGAAGAUAAGGUAUGCCAAGGGUCUGAGAUAGCAGUCACAAGCAUGGAGACAGAAAAACAGGAAAUAGAUAUUCAUGCUAUUCCAGACCUUUCUUUUUCAUCAUUUGGAGGAGAGACAGUUAAGGAAAGCUCUGCCCAAGACUUUGAUGACAGCAUAAAGGAAUGUGUUGAAGUUGAGAAAGUAGCAGUUGAAUUAGACACAGAAGCUCAGCACCAUGGUAGUGAGGCAUCUGACACCAAAACAAACAGUGAUCCUACAGAAGAGAAUAAAAAUUCAGUUGAUCCUGGUGAGAAGCUUGAAGGUGCACCUGAAUCAGUGGCUGAAGAUCAAAGUAAUGAAACUCUCCUUGAACUGAACCAGACUCAAAUUAAGGAAAACAACAACAAUGUUCAGGAUCAGAAAAGUGAGUCUGUUGAAGAACAGAAUAUUGAACAAGGACUUCAAGAAGAUGAAAAGGAUACAUAUGAGGAAACAGAGUCCAAGUUAGAUGCUAGAGAUCAUAUUAAUGAGAUACAAAAUGCAAAUGAAACCACAAGUGAGAAGACAGUGGAUAUCUCCCACACCAUAUCUGAAGAAUCAGAAGAAAUUAAUAAGGAGAUCAUACAAGAAGCAGAAGCUUGUUAUAACAAGCUCAAUCCUGCAUCUGAAAAGGUGGAAACAGAAGAGACAAGCUCAUGGGAAGCUCAACUAGAUGAAAAGCCUCUAAAGGGCAGUGAGACUAGUUCUGAAGAGAAGACCCUACAAACCACAGCUGAAACUAGUCCACAGGGUGAAGAAGGUGAAAGCAUGAAGCUUGAAGAAACCACUGAAUUGAUGUCUCAAUUUCCAGCUGUUGCAGGUGAGAAUGCAGACAAGGAGAGUGGCAUCGUGGAAAAGUCACAUGUAGAUGGAGUUGAAGAAACUAAAGGAGAUUCUGAAACAGUAUCUGAGUCUAGAGAACAAUGUGUUGAAGACACUGAUGAAACACAGAAAAGCCUAACUGUGGAAGAAUCAGAAGGUAUAAUUAAAGAAGAAAUCAAAGGACCGUCUGAAUCAGUGUCUGGGUGCAACCAUCAAGGUGUUGAAGCAGUUAUUGAAGAUGAAAUUAAUGUUAUGCAGACUGCCGCAGCAGGAAAAUCAGAAGAGCAACAUCAGGAAACAUCCAAAACAUUGCUUUCUGAAGAACAGGACCAUGGAAUUACAGCCAUUAUUGGGUACUCAGAAGAUGGAAAGGCAAAGGAAGGUGAAAUUUCUGGAUUGGUACUUGAACUCAAUGAGAACAUACAGCAAAUUAAUCCGAUUGAACCACCAAAAGAAGAAUGCAUUACUCUAGAUGAAGUAUCACAGUUAGAGCAUCAAGAAAAUGCGUCUGCAAUAAAAUGCUCAGAUUCUCCAACAGAAAGUGACAAAGUCAUGGAGCUGUCAGAAGAGGUGCCUGAGGGAGCUGAGAAAGCUGCAGAAGAACGUGAAAACAUCAAAGAACUGAUCAUAGAGAGAGAGAGAGAGAUCAACGAAUUUCCUGCAGUAUCUAUUGAAGAUGAAUCAGUUGACAAGGAGCAACAUUCUGAGACAGUAUCCAAUGAGAAUCCUGGCGCAACAGAUUCCGAAGUGCAAACUGAAAAAGCGAACCUAGAGGUUGAGGAAGAUUUCAGCAAAGACCCUGAAGGAUCUCCCGUUACAAAAGCAAUGGAAGAAGAGAUGCUACAGAAACAGGGUAGUGAGAAGAAAGUGGACGUCUCCAGCUCUGUAUCUGAAAUAUCAGAAGAAAUUAAGGAGGAGGUCAUAGAAGACGCGGACACUUGCUCUAACAAUAUUGAUACUGCAUCUGAAAAAGUGGAAACAGAACAGACAAGCUUGCAGGAAGCUCAGCUGGAUGACAAGCAUAUAAAGAUCAUUGAGACUAGUUCAGAAGAUAAGACAUUGCAAACAAACACCGCAACUGAAACUAGUCCACAGGGUGUAGAAGUUGACAGAGUUAAGCUUGAAGAAACCUCUGAAGGGGUGUCUCAACUUCCAGCUAUUGCAUGUGAGAACAGAAACAAGGAGAGUGAAAUUGUGGAAAAGCCACACGUAGAUGAAGUUGAAGAAAUUGAAGGAGCUUCUGGAACAGUAUCUGAGUCCAGAGAACAAUGUGUUGAAGAAAAUGAUGGAACACAGAAAAGCCUAACUGUGGAAGAAUCAGAAGAACGUAUAAUUAAAGAAGAGAUCAAAGGACCAUUUGAAACAGUGUCUGGAUGCAACUAUGAAGGUGUUGAAGCAGUUAUUGAAGAUGAAAUCGAUGUUGUUCAGACUGCCACAGAAGGAAAAUCAGAAGAGCAACAUCAGGAAGCAUCCAAAGCAUUGCUUUCUGAAGAACGGGACCAUGGAAUUAUAGCCACAAUUGGGUACUCAGAAGAUGGAAAGACAAAGGAAGAAGAAACCCCAAAAAAUGAGAACCUAGAAGAUUCUUUUGCCACAAAGACAGCAGAUUACAUGCACUUGCAAAAGGAAGAGCCCAGGGAGCUCGAACUUUCUGGAUUGGGGCUGGAGCUCAAUGAGGACAUACAACAAAUUAAUCCGAAUAAACCACCAAAGGAAGAAUGCAUUACUCUGGAUGAAGUAUCACAGUUAGAGCAUCAAGAAAAUGUGUCUGCAAUAAAAUGCUCAUAUUCUCCAACAGAAAGUGACAAAGUCAUGGAGCUGUCAGAAGAGGUGCCUGAGGGAGCUGAGAAAACUGCAGAAGAAAGUGAAAACAUAAAAGAACGGAUCAUAGAGAGAGAGAGAGAGAUCAACGAAUUUCCUGCAGUAUCCAUUGAAGAUGAAUCAGUUGACAAGGAGCAACAUUCUGAGACAGUAUCCAAUGAGAAUCCUAGCGCAACAGAUUCCGAAGUGCAAACUGAAAAAGCGAACCUAGAGGUUGAGGAAGAUUUCAGCAAAGACCCUGAAGGAUCUCCCGUUACAAAAGCAAUGGAAGAAGAGAUGCUACAGAAACAGGGUAGUGAGAAGAAAGUGGACGUCUCCAGCUCUGUAUCUGAAAUAUCAGAAGAAAUUAAGGAGGAGGUCAUAGAAGACGCGGACACUUGCUCUAACAAUAUUGAUACUGCAUCUGAAAAAGUGGAAACAGAACAGACAAGCUUGCAGGAAGCUCAGCUGGAUGACAAGCAUAUAAAGAUCAUUGAGACUAGUUCAGAAGAUAAGACAUUACAAACAAACACCGCAACUGAAACUAGUCCACAGGGUGUAGAAGUUGACAGAGUUAAGCUUGAAGAAACCUCUGAAGGGGUGUCUCAACUUCCAGCUAUUGCAUGUGAGAACAGAAACAAGGAGAGUGAAAUUGUGGAAAAGCCACACGUAGAUGAAGUUGAAGAAAUUGAAGGAGCUUCUGGAACAGUAUCUGAGUCCAGAGAACAAUGUGUUGAAGAAAAUGAUGGAACACAGAAAAGCCUAACUGUGGAAGAAUCAGAAGAACGUAUAAUUAAAGAAGAGAUCAAAGGACCAUCUGAAACAGUGUCUGGAUGCAACUAUGAAGGUGUUGAAGCAGUUAUUGAAGAUGAAAUCGAUGUUGUUCAGACUGCCACAGAAGGAAAAUCAGAAGAGCAACAUCAGGAAGCAUCCAAAGCAUUGCUUUCUGAAGAACGGGACCAUGGAAUUAUAGCCACAAUUGGGUACUCAGAAGAUGGAAAGACAAAGGAAGAAGAAACCCCAAAAAAUGAGAACCUAGAAGAUUCUUUUGCCACAAAGACAGCAGAUUACAUGCACUUGCAAAAGGAAGAGCCCAGGGAGCUCGAACUUUCUGGAUUGGGGCUGGAGCUCAAUGAGGACAUACAACAAAUUAAUCCGAAUAAACCACCAAAGGAAGAAUGCAUUACUCUGGAUGAAGUAUCACAGUUAGAGCAUCAAGAAAAUGUGUCUGCAAUAAAAUGCUCAUAUUCUCCAACAGAAAGUGACAAAGUCAUGGAGCUGUCAGAAGAGGUGCCUGAGGGAGCUGAGAAAACUGCAGAAGAAAGUGAAAACAUAAAAGAACGGAUCAUAGAGAGAGAGAGAGAGAUCAACGAAUUUCCUGCAGUAUCCAUUGAAGAUGAAUCAGUUGACAAGGAGCAACAUUCUGAGACAGUAUCCAAUGAGAAUCCUAGCGCAACAGAUUCCGAAGUGCAAACUGAAAAAGCGAACCUAGAGGUUGAGGAAGAUUUCAGCAAAGACCCUGAAGGAUCUCCCGUUACAAAAGCAAUGGAAGAAGAGAUGCUACAGAAACAGGGUAGUGAGAAGAAAGUGGACGUCUCCAGCUCUGUAUCUGAAAUAUCAGAAGAAAUUAAGGAGGAGGUCAUAGAAGACGCGGACACUUGCUCUAACAAUAUUGAUACUGCAUCUGAAAAAGUGGAAACAGAACAGACAAGCUUGCAGGAAGCUCAGCUGGAUGACAAGCAUAUAAAGAUCAUUGAGACUAGUUCAGAAGAUAAGACAUUACAAACAAACACCGCAACUGAAACUAGUCCACAGGGUGUAGAAGUUGACAGAGUUAAGCUUGAAGAAACCUCUGAAGGGGUGUCUCAACUUCCAGCUAUUGCAUGUGAGAACAGAAACAAGGAGAGUGAAAUUGUGGAAAAGCCACACGUAGAUGAAGUUGAAGAAAUUGAAGGAGCUUCUGGAACAGUAUCUGAGUCCAGAGAACAAUGUGUUGAAGAAAAUGAUGGAACACAGAAAAGCCUAACUGUGGAAGAAUCAGAAGAACGUAUAAUUAAAGAAGAGAUCAAAGGACCAUCUGAAACAGUGUCUGGAUGCAACUAUGAAGGUGUUGAAGCAGUUAUUGAAGAUGAAAUCGAUGUUGUUCAGACUGCCACAGAAGGAAAAUCAGAAGAGCAACAUCAGGAAGCAUCCAAAGCAUUGCUUUCUGAAGAACGGGACCAUGGAAUUAUAGCCACAAUUGGGUACUCAGAAGAUGGAAAGACAAAGGAAGAAGAAACCCCAAAAAAUGAGAACCUAGAAGAUUCUUUUGCCACAAAGACAGCAGAUUACAUGCACUUGCAAAAGGAAGAGCCCAGGGAGCUCGAACUUUCUGGAUUGGGGCUGGAGUUCAAUGAGGACAUACAACAAAUUAAUCCGAAUAAACCACCAAAGGAAGAAUGCAUUACUCUGGAUGAAGUAUCACAGUUAGAGCAUCAAGAAAAUGUGUCUGCAAUAAAAUGCUCAUAUUCUCCAACAGAAAGUGACAAAGUCAUGGAGCUGUCAGAAGAGGUGCCUGAGGGAGCUGAGAAAACUGCAGAAGAAAGUGAAAACAUAAAAGAACGGAUCAUAGAGAGAGAGAGAGAGAUCAACGAAUUUCCUGCAGUAUCCAUUGAAGAUGAAUCAGUUGACAAGGAGCAACAUUCUGAGACAGUAUCCAAUGAGAAUCCUAGCGCAACAGAUUCCGAAGUGCAAACUGAAAAAGAGAACCUAGAGGUUGAGGAAGAUUUCAGCAAAGACCCUGAAGGAUCUCCCGUUACAAAAGCAAUGGAAGAAGAGAUGCUACAGAAACAGGGUAGUGAGAAGAAAGUGGACGUCUCCAGCUCUGUAUCUGAAAUAUCAGAAGAAAUUAAGGAGGAGGUCAUAGAAGACGCGGACACUUGCUCUAACUAUAUUGAUACUGCAUCUGAAAAAGUGGAAACAGAAGAGACUAGCUUGCGGGAAGCUUGGCUGGAUGACAAGCAUAUGAAGAUCAUUGAGACUAGUUCAGAAGAUAAGACACUGCAAACAAACCCCACAACUGAAACUAGUCCACAGGGUGAAGAAGUUGACAGUAUUAAGCUUGAAGAAACCUCUGAAGGGGUGUCUCAACUUCCAGCUAUUGCAUGUGAGAACACAGACAAGAGUGAAACUGUAGAAAAGCCACAUGCAGAUGAAGUUGAAGAAGUCAAAGGACCUUCUGAUACAGUAUAUGAAUGCAAAGAACAAUUUGUUGGAGAAAUUGAUGAAACCCAGAAAAGCCUAAUUGUGGAAGAUUCGGAAGAAUGUAUAAUUAAAGAAGAAAUCAAAGGACCAUCUGAAACAGUGUCUGGAUGCAACUAUGAAGGUGUUGAAGCAGUUAUUGAACAUGAAAUCAAUGUUGUUCAGGCUGCCACAGCAGGAAAAUCAGAAGAGUCAAAUCAGGAAACAUCCACCGCAUUGUUUUCUGAGGAACAGGACCAUGGAAUUACAGCCACAAUUGGGUACUCAGAAGAUGGAAUCGCAAAGGAAGAUGAAACCCCACAAAAUGAGGAUAUAGAAGAUUCUUUUGCUACAAAGACAGAAGAAGAAGUAUGCUUGCAAAAGGAAGAGCUCAGGGAGCUUGAAAUUUCUGGAUUGGGGCUGGAAGUCAAUGAGAACAUGCAGAAAAUUAAUCCAAAUGAACAACCAAAGGAAGAAUGCAUUACUGUAGAUGAAGUAUCACAGCUAGAGCCUCAAGAAAACGUGUCUGCAAUAAAAUGCUCAGAUUCUCCAACAGAAAGUGACAAAGCCAUGGAGCUGCCAGAAGAGGUGCCUGAGGGAGCUGAGAAAGCUGCAGAAGAACAUGAAAACAUCAAAGAACUGAUCAUAGAGAAAGAGAGAGAUAUCAAGGAAUUUCCAGCAGUAUCCAUUGAAGAUGAAUCAGUUAACAAGGAACAACAUUCUGAGACAGUAUCCGAUGAGAAUCCUAGCGCAACAGAUUCCGAAGUGCAAACUGAAAAAGCGAACCUAGAGGUUGAGGAAGAUUUCAGCAAAGACCCUGAAGGAUCUCCCGUUACAAAAGCAAUGGAAGAAGAGAUGCUACAGAAACAGGGUAGUGAGAAGAAAGUGGACGUCUCCAGCUCUGUAUCUGAAAUAUCAGAAGAAAUUAAGGAGGAGGUCAUAGAAGACGCGGACACUUGCUCUAACAAUAUUGAUACUGCAUCUGAAAAAGUGGAAACAGAACAGACAAGCUUGCAGGAAGCUCAGCUGGAUGACAAGCAUAUAAAGAUCAUUGAGACUAGUUCAGAAGAUAAGACAUUGCAAACAAACACCGCAACUGAAACUAGUCCACAGGGUGUAGAAGUUGACAGAGUUAAGCUUGAAGAAACCUCUGAAGGGGUGUCUCAACUUCCAGCUAUUGCAUGUGAGAACAGAAACAAGGAGAGUGAAAUUGUGGAAAAGCCACACGUAGAUGAAGUUGAAGAAAUUGAAGGAGCUUCUGAAACAGUAUCUGAGUCCAGAGAACAAUGUGUUGAAGAAAAUGAUGGAACACAGAAAAGCCUAACUGUGGAAGAAUCAGAAGAACGUAUAAUUAAAGAAGAGAUCAAAGGACCAUCUGAAACAGUGUCUGGAUGCAACUAUGAAGGUGUUGAAGCAGUUAUUGAAGAUGAAAUCGAUGUUGUUCAGACUGCCACAGAAGGAAAAUCAGAAGAGCAACAUCAGGAAACAUCCAAAGCAUUGCUUUCUGAAGAACGGGACCAUGGAAUUAUAGCCACAAUUGGGUACUCAGAAGAUGGAAAGACAAAGGAAGAAGAAACCCCACAAAAUGAGAACCUAGAAGAUUCGUUUGCCACAAAGACAGCAGAUUACAUGCACUUGCAAAAGGAAGAGCCCAGGGAGCUCGAACUUUCUGGAUUGGGGCUGGAACUCAAUGAGAACAUACAGAAGAAUAACCCAAACGAACCACCAAAGGAAGAAUGCAGCACUAUAGAUGAAGUGUCACCAUUAGAGCCUCAAGAAAAUGUCUCUGUGAUAAAAUGCACAGAUUCUCCUGUGGAAAGUGACAAAGUCAUGGAACUAACAGAAGAGGUGCCUGAGGGAGCUGAGAAAGCUGCAGAAAGGGAAAACAUCAAAGAACUGAUCAUAGAGAAAGAGAGAGAUAUCAAGGAACUUCCUGCAGUUUCCAUUGAUGAAUUGGUUAUCGAGGUGCAAGUUCUGGAGCCAGUUUCCAGUGAAAAUCUUGGAGUGACAGACCGCAAUAUGCCUGCAGAGAACUUGAACUUAGAGGUGGAAGAUUCGAGUAAGGAACCACAAGGAUCUCCCAUUACAGAAGCAUUGGAAGAAGAAAUGUCAGAGAAACAAGAUGGUGAGAAGGCAAUGGAUGUCCCUAGCUCUGUAUCUGAAAUGCAAGAAGAAAAUAUUAAAGAGGAGAUCAUGGAGAAAGCAGACAUUUCCUAUAGCAAGCUUGAUGCUGCAUCUGAAAAGGGGGAAACAGAAGAGUCAAGCUCGCAGGAAGCUCAGCUGGAUGACAAGCCUGUGAAGAUCGUUGAGACUAGUUCAGAAGAUAAGACACUACAAACAAACACCAUAAAUGAAACUAGUCCACAGGCUGAAGAGGUUGACAGCAUGAAGCUUGAAGAAACCUUGGAAUUGGUGUCUCAACUUCCAGCUAAGGCAUGUGAGAACACAAACAAGGAGAGUGAAACAGAUGAAAGGCCAAUUGCAGAUGAAAUUGAAGAAACCACAGGAGCUUCUGAUACAGUAUCAGAGUCCAAAGAACAAUGUGCUGAAGAAAUUGAUGAAACCCAGAAAAGCCUAAGCCAGGAAAAAUCAGAGGAAGAUAUAAUUAAAGAACAAAUCAAAGGAGCAUCUGAAUUGGAUUCUGAAUCAAAAUAUCAAGGUGUUGAAGCAGUAAUUGAAGAAGAGAUCACUGCAGGUCAAGCUAUCCAAGCAGAAAAACCAGAAGAACAACUCGAGGAAGUGUCUACUGCAAUACUUUCUGAGAAGUUAGAAGAUGAGAACAUAAAGGAAGGUGAGAUCCCACAAUACAAGAAUCCACAAGGUUCUUUUGGCACAAAGGCGUCAGAAAAUACAUGCUUGCAAAAAGAAGAGCCCAGGGAGCUCGAUGUUUCUGGAUUGGGGCUGGAUAUCAAUAAGGAUGUAUCAAAGGAAGAUGGCAAUGGUGUAGAUGGAGUAUCACAGUAUGAGCUGCAAGAAAAUGCAUCUGAGUUAAAAUACACAGAUUCUCUAUUGGAAAGUGAGAAGGUGAUGGAACAAACAAGAUCCAUCAACAGCGCUCAACAGGGGGCUACAAAAGAUGACGAGAAUUUGGAUUCAGGGAUUUUCAACAAUAACCCUGAUGUCCUCACUCAUUCACCAGGUGAAGAAAUUUUACAGGAAGUGGAUGAAAACUGUGAGGAGGCUUCCAACCUUGAAUGUGAAAAUUUUGAAAAGGCUUCUGAACCUGUAUUGGACCUUCAGAGUACUGAAAUUGAUGAAGCAGUGGUUGGAUUGGAAGUAGGAGCUCACAUUCAGGGAAGUGAUGCUCCUAACACCAAAAACAGCGACAAUCUUAUAGAAGAGGUACCUCAGGGAGCUGAGAAAGCUGUAGAAAGUGAAAACAUCAAAGAACCGAUCAUAGAGAAAGAGAGAGAUAUAAAGGAACUUCCUGCAGUAUACAUCGAAGAUGAAACAGUUAAUAAGGUGCAACAUGCUGAGGCAGUAUCCAAUGAGAAUCUUAGAGCAAUGGAUUCCAAUAUGCAGACAGAAAGACUGAACUCAGAGGUUGCAGAAUAUUUGAGUAAGGAUCCAGAAGGAUCUCCCAUUUCAGAAGCAUUGCAAGAAGAGAUGUCACAGAAACAAGCUAGUGAGGAGACAGUAGAAGUCACUAUCUCUGUAUCUGAAAUGUCAGAAGAAAGUUUUAAAGAUGAGAUCAUAAAGGAAGCAGACACUUGUAGCAAGCUUGAUACUGAACCUGAAAAAGUGGUAACAGAAGAGACAAGCUUGCAGGAAGUUCAGCUGGAUGACAAGCCUCUAAAGGGCAUUGAGACUAGUGCAGCAGAGAAGAUCCUUCCAACAAACACCACAACUGAAAGUAGUCUACAGGGUGAAGAAGUUGACAGCCUGAAAGUUGAAACCUCUGAGUUGAAGUCUCGACUUCCAACUAUAGCAUGCGAGAGUGCAGACAAGGAGAGUAAAACAGUGGAAAAGCCACAUGCAGAUGAAGUUGAAGAACCCAAAGGACCUACUGAUACAGUAUCCGAAUCCAGGGAACAAUGUGUUGAAAACAUUGUUGAAACCCGGGAAAGCCUGACCCUCAAAAAGUCAGAGGAAAAUAUAAUCAAAGAAGAAAUCAAAGGACCAUCUGAUACAGUAUCUGAAUGCACAUAUCAAAGUUUUGAAGCAGUUAUUGAAGAUGAGAUCACUGCUGAUCAAACUAUAGAAGCAGAAAAUCCAGAAGAGCAACUUCAGGAAAUGUCUACUGCAUUAGUUUCUGAGGAACAGGAGCAUGGAAUCAGCACCAUAACUACAAAGUUGGACUAUGAGAACACAGUGGAAGAUGAGACCCCACAAUAUGAGAAUCAAGAGGAUUCUCUUGGCACAAAGAUGACAGAAGAGAGAUGCUUGGACAAGGAGGAAUCCAGGGAGCUUGAAGUCUCCGAAUUGGAACUCAAUGAUGAUGUACAGAAGAAGCCUUCAAACGAAGAGCCAAAGGAAGGAGGCAACUUUCUACAUGGAAUAACACCAUCAGAGCCUCAAGAAGAAGCCUUUGAGAUAAAAUGCAGAGACUCUCUAGCAGAAAGUGACAUGGAACUAACAAGAUCCAUGGACAGUACUUUGCAGGAGGCUUCAAAGGAUGAUGAAGAUUUGGAUUCAGGGAUCUCUAUCAAGAAUGUUGAUGAUGUCCUUCCCCCUCAUUCAUCUGGUGAAGAAAUUUUACAGAAAGUGGAUGAAAACUGUGAAGAAGCCUCCAACUUAGUUCACAGUGCUGAAGUUGACAAAGCAGAAAUUGAAUUGGAAGCAGGAUCUCACAGCCAUGGAAGUGAAGCUUCUAGCACUGAAAACAACAAUAAUCUUACAGAAAAGAACAUUGAAUUAGCUGAUCUGGGUGAGAAGGUUGGAGGGGAACCUGAACUCGUAGCUGAAGAUCAAUGUAAUGAAACUCUCCCCGAAACAAACCAGACACAAGUCAAUGAAGACAGCAGCAGUGCUUGGGAGCAGAAUACCAAAUCUAUUGAAGAACAAAUUAUUGGACAAGGAUUUCAAGAACGUGGAAAGGAGACAAUUGAGGAAACAGAAAGCAAGUUAGAGUCCAGAGAUCAUAUUAAUGUGAUACAAAAUGAAAAUGAGACAACAAAAGAUGUCAUUUCAGUUGAAGAGGUGCCAGGGGGAGCUGAGAAAGCUGAAGAAAAAGAAAACAUCCAAGAGCUGACGAUAGAGGAAAAGAGAGAUAUUAAGGAACUUCCUGCGGUAUCCAUUGAAGACGAGACUGUUAAUAAGGUGCAACAUUCUGAGCCAGUAUCAUGUGAGAGUUUUAGAGCAAGAGAGUCCAAUCAGGAGACAAAAGAAGUAAAUUUAGAGGAUGAGGAAGACACAUGUGAAAAGACAGAGGAUGUCUCCGGCUCUGUAUUUGGACUUUCUGAACAAGGGGUUAAAGGGGAGAUCAUAGAUGAAGCAGACAAUUAUAACAAGCUUGAUACUGCAUCUGAAAAGGUGGAAGCAGAAAAGACCAUUUUGCAGGAACCUCAACUAGAUGAUGAGCCUCUAAAGGGCAUUGAGACUAUUUUGGAAGAAAAAACCCCACCAAUAAUCAACACAACUGAAAGUAGUCCUGGUGAUGAAGAAGUUGAGGCUGUGAAGCUUGAAAAAACUUCUGACUUGGUGUCUCAACUUCCAACCACUGCAUAUGAGCAUGCAGACAAGGAGAGUGUAAUUGUUGAAAAGGCACAGGCAGAUGAAGUUGAAGAAACCAAAAGAGCUUCUGACCCAGUAUCUGAGUCGAAAGAUCACUGUGUUGAAGAAAUUGAUGAGACCCAAAGAAGCCUAACCAUGGAAAAAUUGGAAGAAGACAUAAUUGAAGAAGAAAUCACAGGAAGAUCUAGCACAGUAUCUGCAGCCAAUCAAGGUGUUGGAGCAAUUAUUCAAGAUGAGAUCAGCAGAGAGUCUCUCAAAACAGGAAACUCAGAAGAGCAACUUCAGGAAAUGUCUACUGCGCGGCUUUCUGAAGAGAAGGAGCAUGAUAUUACAACCACAAUUGGAAAGUCGGAAGCUGAGAACAAGAGUGAGAAUGAAACCCCACAAAAAGAAUGUCUGGAAGACUCCAUUGGCACAAAGUCUGUGGAGGAAAUAUGUUUGCAGAUGGAAGGACUCAGGGAACUCGAAGUUUCUGCAUUGGCACCAAAACUCAGUAAUCUCAUACAAAAGGAGAGUCCAAAUGAAGUGCUAAAGGAAGAAGGCGAGCCUCAAGAAAAUGUUUCUGAGAUAAAAUACAUGGAUUCUAUAACAGCAAGUGAAGAAGUUAUGAAACUAACACGAUCCAUUGACAGUUCUUCACAGGAAGCUUCAAAGGAAGAGGAAAUUUUGGAUUCAGGGAACUCCAACAAUAAAGCUGAUGAUUUCUCAAUUACUCAUUCAUCAGUAGAAAUUUUACAACAACUGCAAGAACAAUGUGAGAAAACCCCCAACCUUGAGUCUGAAAAGAUUGAAAAGGCUUCUGAAUCUGUAUCUGAAGUUCACUAUCCAGAGGUAUUUAUCAAAUUAGAAGAGCCAGAAGUCAAGGAAGAGCAUCUCAAGACAUCAGUAACUGAGACGAGAGCAGAAGAAAUUCCACAUGAGAAAACAAUUAAGGCAAAUGAAAUCAUAAAGAAUGAGAUUUCAAAUGAAGAGAUUGCAGAGGAAAAGCAAGUUGCUGAGGACUAUCAACCAUGGUCUCUCAAUGAAGAAACAAUCAGAAAGAGCCAACAAGAAGAUGAACUAAAGAAUGAAGUUGAACAUGAAGAGCUGUAUGGGGAAUCGCAAAAGGGUGAAGCGAAUGAGAACAUUGAGAAACAGAUCAUAGAUGAAGCUAGAACCGUUGAGCACCCUCACUUAGUCUCUUUCAGGGAUGAAAGUCUCAAAGAGAAUCUUCCAGAAGAAGCAAAGGGGGAAAGGAAUGACGAGGUGACAGAUAUUAAAUUGGACCUUGCAAAUCAGAGUGAUGAAACAGCUCUAAGUGAACAGGUUGAUUGCUCUGAUAUUCAGUUGGUGAGGAAAGACCUGGACAUAGCGGAUACUAAUGAUGACAAAGAAAUUGUAAUCACAAAGGAUGAGGACUUAAAACCAAACCUUGAUGUUCUACCAGCAACAAGUGCAGCAGCAGAAGAAGCAUCACUUCAGAAAGAAGGUGACAGAAUUGGGGAAGUCUCUGAAUCAGUUCCUCAGGAGCCAGUCCAUGAAACCACCAGAAGAAAUGAAGAAAUUGCAACUGCAAUUACUGAUAAUUCAGAGAACGUCAUGGAAGAUAAGAUGCAUACACACACACCUCUUCAAUUGGCAUGUAACAAACAUGAUGUUUCAGAAGGCUUGAACCUGAAAGAUCCAGAGGUUGACACCAAUGAAAAUGGCACUUCACCUCUAUCUGAAAUGUCAUGGGAAGAAAUACCAGAUAAAGAGGGUGUGAUCAGCGAGGAAGAGAGACAACAUGAUCUGACAUCUGGCAAGCAAACAAUAGCUGAAUCAAUGCCAACAGAAGAAAAGGGUGCUAAGGAUGAAGUAAAGCAUGCUAAGGAUGAGGAAGAGCACACAAAGGAUGAGGAACCAAGAGAGUUUUCAGCUAGGGGCAGUGAGGGAAAGCUUGAAGAAGCUGAGAUGCACAGCACAAAAUGUAAUAAAGAUGGGGAAAUACAAGAUCAAAUUGAAAAGCUUAAUGCUUCAUCUCAAGUACAGUAUUCAUGCAUGGAGAUAUCAGAAAAAGAAGUCAGCAUGGAUCUUGCAGAAGCCAAUGAAUCCACUCAAGACAUUAAGCAGCUAGAGAAAGGCUCUGAUGAAACAUCUGAAAAGCAUAUUCCAAGAGAAGCAGAACCAAAUGAGAGCACAGAAGUAAUGAUUUCAAGUAGCAAAGAGGAUGUUCAGCUAGUGCCACAGGACCUACUUAGAAAAACCUUCCAGCAACCUGAGGUAGAAUCACUGGAAGCUGUAAAUGUUUCUGGGAUUGAAUCAGGAUUGAGAGAAAAAGACUCUAGAGGAGAGAAAACAAUGGGUGAUAUAAGCAAAGAACCAGCUGCCGACUCCACACCAAUGGGUCCUGCUGUGUCAUUAUCCGACCUCCUCCAGAGAUCUGUAAAAGAAACCUUGCAAGCACCUGGAUGCUUGACUGAAGAAAAAGAACCAAUGGCCAACCAAGAAGAUGUGCUAGCUAAAGAAGAACAAGCCAUUAAGGUUCAAGAAGCAGGAACACAUGAAGAUAGAGAUGAGGAAGAGGAGGGAGAUGAACAUAAAAAAGACGAUUCAGGCUCUGAUGCUCCCAUCAUUGUAGAAGCCUCCAGAGAUAUGAAUGUUAAGGAUGGGCAUAAGAAAUCUCACAAUAUCCUGUCAGGAGUUGGGUCAAAGGUUAAGCAUUCAAUUGCCAAGGUGAAGAAAGCCAUCACUGGCAAGUCUUCUCACCAAAAGCAUUCGUCACCAAAAGGAACAGCCACCAAAGUAAAAGAACAAAAAUAGGUUAUUUUCAGCAGUUAAAACCAGUUGGAAGUUUGUUUAAUCUGAAACAUUUAUGCAGAAGGGCUUGUGUGUAGUUUAUUUUUCUUUGUAUAUUAUCAGGUUGUGAGUGUGGUGUGCAUUUCUGAAGUGAAAGUUCAGAAUCACUAUUUGUGUAAAGUCAGUUAAAAAAUUAAGUUGUUGUAACAUAUUACAAUCUCCACAUUGCAGACUAUAUCCUCGCCUGUACAUUUAUGAGAUGGAUGGAGAGCCCCGAGGCCGUGCUUGUUGAUUUGAUUA